AUGUACAGCGCGUCUAGCAGCUCAAGCGCCGGCGGAAUGCAGUCGAUCUUGAGCGAAGAAAGCAAUAUUAGUGCAAGGACUACCCCGCCGAAAAGGAAGUACAAGGCAGUGACUGUCGAAGAUGCGAACAAUGAUAGUGAUUACUACCCUUCGAAAAGCUCUGCUCCUCGUCCACCCAAGAAGCAGGUACUCCCAUCAACGCCGGGUACCGUACCCCGUGGUGGCAUCGCCUCAUCACCCAUCAUCAAGGAACCGACGCCCAAGAGUCCCUCUCCUCCGCGAUUCAGAACCCCGUCUACCCCUUCGAGAGCCACCACUAGCACAUCCUCUCAAGCUUAUGGCACCUCUAGCCGUAAAGGUAGACUGAUGCCGAGAGCCCCAGCACGGCGGAGGUCCUCUCAUCACGAGGAGGACCGUGAUUUCUUGCCCGACAGUGACGAUGAGGAAAAUGGUUUCUGGGAAAUUCCCGACAACGAGAAAGCAACCGUUGUAUUUGACUAUGACAGGGAGCGGGAUAGGCGGUAUGCGCAUGUACUCAACAUUCCGGAGGGCAUGUACACCAGAAAGGAAAAAGAGCUCUUUUUAAAAUUGGCCAUGCGCGGUUUUGAGCCACUCGCCCCGAAGCAUUGGCAGUUUGAUUUUCCGACCUUGCCUGAUUCUUUGUUUCCUGAGGAGGGCAAAGAGCAAGCAGAGCCGAUCAUUCAAAUAUCCAGAAGCACUACAUUUUACGCAAUCAAGUCGCUCAAUAACCUCUUCUCACUCAGUGGUCGUGUAAGAGACUGCAGUGUGGUGAAAAAGGAUCCUGAGAAUAUCAUCAAACAGAACAUCAUGAAGUACAUUCGUUGGGCACUGUAUGAUGUGAACCUCGACGUUAAUCGUGCGUCAAUGCCGAUCCAUGUGCUACACGCCAAAAAGCCCAGCGAGGAGAUGAUCGAUGCACUUGAGCGAGUCAAUAACCGCCUGAAGAAACUCGCCGCCCGGCACAGAAAGGCCCUGGCUGCUGCUCCCGGCGCGAACAACGACGAGCUACCUUUACUCAUCGGUUUCCUCGCCACAGGUCCCAUUCUUGCUGUAUUGACAUAUGACCUCAGUCUUAUGAGCGGCACGUCGGAGGAUGAUGAGCUUGACGCAAAAUUCUUCGCAGAAAUCGACUUCUCAGAGAGGGGCCAGGAUGUAUGGAACUCGCUAUCUGUUGCUAUUACCGUCAUGCAUAUCCGCAAUACAAUGGCCCGACUCGCGCGAAAUGGGUAUGGAGGAUAUGCGAGGACUCCGACGAUCAUCUCUGGAAACGAGGAUCUUUAG